GAAGGAUCGCAGAAAAAGAAAAGAUUCCAUCACAUUUCGUUUGAGCCCUCUCCAACACACACACACACACACAAAUACACCUGGUCACUCUCAUCAUCUAGCAACAAUCAAACAUUUCCAGUAUGGCUGAGGCUGCGUCCAGUGCCCCAAGUGCCGAGUUGUUGGAAUUCCCAAAGAAGGAUAAUCGUCGUUUGCUACAUGCGGUUUAUCGUGUUGGUGAUCUUGAACGCAGCAUUAAGUUUUACACGGAAGCCUUAGGGAUGGAAUUACUGAGGCAAAGAGACAUACCGGAGGAGAAGUACUCAAAUGCUUUCCUUGGAUAUGGCCCCGAAGAAACGCACUUUGUGGUGGAGCUUACGUACAAUUAUGGAGUGGAUAAAUAUGAUAUAGGUACCGGAUUUGGGCAUUUUGCAAUUGCUACCGCUGAUGUUUACAAACUUGCUGAAGAUAUUAAGGCUAAAGGUGGAACCAUCACAAGGGAGCCAGGUCCAGUUAAAGGUGGAUCGAGUAUAAUUGCUUUUGCUAAAGAUCCAGACGGCUACCUUUUUGAACUCAUUGACAGGCCCAAUACUCCUGAACCUCUCUGUCAAGUAAUGCUUCGUGUUGGUGAUCUUGAACGUUCAAUUAAGUUCUAUGAGAAGGCACUAGGUAUGAAAUUAUGCAGGACAGUUGAUAGACCUGAACAAAAGUACACUUUGGCAAUGAUGGGAUAUGCUGAAGAAAAAGAAACGGUUGUUUUGGAGCUUACCUACAAUUAUGGUGUCACCGAGUAUACCAAAGGAAAUGCAUAUGCACAGGUUGCAAUUAGUACCACUGAUGUCUAUAAAAGUGCUGAAGUUGUCAACCAUGUCAUCCAAGAGCUUGGUGGAAAGAUAACCAGGCAGCCUGGGCCAAUUCCUGGGCUCGGCACUAAAAUCACCUCUUUCCUAGAUCCAGAUGGUUGGAAAACGGUUUUGGUUGACCAUGAAGACUUUCUGAAAGAACUUCCCAAGAAAGAGUAAGUGUCAAACGUCUUAUGAUAUGGUAUAUCAUUUAAUCAGGGAUGCUAUUGCUAGAAUAAAGUUAUAUGUCAUCUUCGGCAUAUGACAUCUUUAUGUGACAUGAUUCUCAUUGUGUGGGACUAUGGGUGAUUAUUGUUAAUAAACAGAUGGUUUGUGUGA